AUGUUCGAAUUUCCCGACGCAAAACGCGUCUGUCGCGAAGAUCUACAAUCCCGCCGUUCCUCCCGCUCCCCAUCGCCUCUAGACACCGCCACAGCCACAUAUGCCGCAAACGCGCUGCGAAACAUCUUCUCGUCAGUAGGAACUUAUACUCCUCCUCCUCCUCAUCUACGACCAGCAAAUCCUACGGCAGACUUGGAACAUAUCCAGGAUGAAGGUGAGGAGCAGGAGUUCGAGUUCAGACUCUUUCGUGAACCGCUGGUGUGUGCGGGGAAACGGGCAUCGGGACACGACCGAGUGGGGAGCGGCCAAACCGAUGCACCAAAGCAAGUGAACGGGAUGGAAGCUGGCAUUCGGAAAUUUAGAAUCAGGUUGCGGUCUCAGUCUCCUACUGCGAACGAUGGAGAAGGGGGGUUUGUGGUCCCGUUUCGGGGUUGGGAGUAUUACUUCUCAGACCCGGAGUGGGCGAGAAGGAAAAUGGCGGGGGAGGGGAUAGGGGCCCUGAGUGCUGAGUCUGAUACACGGCAGAAGCAGGGAUUCGUUGAUGCUGCAGUUAGUGGGGAAACAAUACGUGAAGGAGCAAAGAGUGGUAUAUGGCCUGGCUGCCAUCUUCCGUGGCGAGUCAUCCAUCUCAAAACGGUUCCAUCCAAAAAUAAACAGAAAGAGCCGACAGACUCUCCUCAUACAGCAGCCGUCACUCUUUUAGAUCCAUUGUCCGUCUCAAAAGCACCGAAGUCUAGGAAAAAGCCAGGCAAGAAACGCCGUAUCAUUCUGCGACAGCGUCUUGCCGCCGCCAAAACUGCAGAAGCUGAUGAGAGGGAAAAGCGGACGAGGCGAAAUCGUGAGAAAAAGAUUAAAAGGAGGCAGAAGGAAAGGGAGAGGAAGGCUACACUUCGUGAAAGUAAAGAUGAGCAGGGGGGAAUUGCAGGGGGUGAGGCAGUGAAUAGUGAUUUCAAAUGA